AUGAAUUUUCAAGUUGGUAGUGAUGGAAAUUUGUAUACUGAUUCCACUGAAAAUCCUCAAUUUUCAACCCAACUUUCAAACUCUGAUAAUAUAUCUAUUUUCACCGAUACUGAAGAAUCUCAUUUGUCUACUCCAGUUGAAUCUAACUCUAAAAGAUCACGUGGCGGCAACUUUACUGCAGAAGAGAAUCUUCUUAUUGUCUCAGCAUGGCUUAAUACCAGUUUAGAUGUUGUGCAAGGAAAUGAACAAAAACACAAAACAUAUUGGGCACGAUUGUGGGAGUACUUCCAUAAAUACAAAAAUUUUGAAUCUGAACGUACACAAGUUUCUUUGAUGAACCGUUGGUCAACAAUUCAACUAGCUACAAACAAAUUUUGUGGAUGCUAUGCUCAGAUUGAAUCAAGAAACCAAAGUGGCAUCAAUGAGCAAGACAAGAUUGCUAAUGCAAAAUUCCUAUACCAAGAACUAAAUAAAUGUAAAUUCCAAUUUGAGCAUUGUUGGAAUGUAUUGAGACUUCAGCCAAAAUGGAAGGAAGAUUGCCAAAAGAAAAAACCGAUAAAAAAGAAAGACAAAAGUCCUACUCCUACAUCAGAGACUCAAGUGAAUUUUAGAGAUGACAACAUUACAAUAGUGGCUAUUACAAAAGAUAUGGAAAAUGACCCUACAGGUUCAUAUGUGAACUUAUUACAAGAAAUGAGAGACGAAAAGAGGCAAUUCAAUGAAAAGAAAUUAGAGUUAUUUGAAAAGGCAUAUAUUCAAGGACAAGAGAGACUUGCUUAUGAGCAAGAAAAGCUGCAAUUAGAGCAAAUGAAGGAGGAUGAAAGGAUAAUGGCUAUAGAUCCAGCUGGGAUGCCUCAAAUGCUUGCAAAUUUUUAUAUUCAACGUCAAAAAGAAAUCAGUGAAAGGAGAUCUAAAAAUUGA